UCAGAAAUUAAAUUUAAGAAAAACAAAAUGGCUUCAAAAUCCACUCUCCUUUGUUUUUCCUUUUGUUUCCUCUUUCUUUGUCAUGCCAGCUUCGCUCAGCUCUUAGGAGCUGAGCGUCAGCAGAUAUGGCAAAGGCUGCAGCAACAGCAGCAGCACCGGGCGCUCAGGUCUAAGACUGAGUGUCAGAUCGAGCGCCUGAAUGCUCAGGAACCGAACCGUAGGUUCGAUUCAGAGGCCGGUGUCACCGAGUUCUGGGACGCGACCCAGGAACAGUUCGAGUGCGCCGGAGUUCAAGCCGUCAGGCAUGAGAUCCGGCGCAACGGGCUUUUGUUGCCUUACUAUAGCAACACUCCCCAGCUCAUCUAUAUUGUUCAAGGAAGUGGAGUACAUUCGACCGUGUUCCCGGGUUGUGCCGAGACGUUUGAAACCGAGUCGCCACAAUCGAGGCAGGGAGAGAGAGGAGAGAGAGGGCAGAGACACCUCGAUCGUCACCAGAAAGUUAGGCGUUUUCGGGCUGGUGAUAUUCUUGCAUUGCCUGCCGGAGUUACUCAUUGGACAUAUAAUGAUGGUGAAGAACCUAUUAUUAGUGUCUCACUUAUUGACACUUCUAAUCAGGCCAAUCAACUUGAUCUGACCUUCAGGAAAUUCUUCCUUGCUGGAAAUCCUCAACGUGGAGUACAACAACAAAUAUUAGGAAGACAACAAGAGGAAGCCAGCCCAUUUGGAACAAGAGGCUCUCAACAAGAGAGUGGAGGCAACAUUUUAAGUGGAUUCGACGCUGAACUUCUCUCCGAGGCAUUCAACGUUGAUGCCGAGGUGAUACGAAAGCUUCAGGAACAGGCACCCGAGAGGGGAAUCAUCGUCCGGGCCGAGAACCUUCGUUUCCUCCUUCCGGAAGAAUCUAGAGAAGAAGAAGAACGUGAAUUCCAUGGAAGAGGAGGAAGGCCUAUUAAUGGCUUGGAGGAAACAUUUUGCACAAUGAAGCUGAGGGAGAACAUUGGUCAUCCUACUAGGUCUGACGUGUACAAUCCACGUGGCGGACGCAUCAGUACCGUCAAUGGUAAUACUCUCCCGGUCCUUAACUUUCUCCAGCUCAGUGCGGAGAGAGGAACCCUCUACAGAAAUGCUAUAGUGGCACCACACUGGAACACGAAUGCCCACUCAAUCAUCUACAUCAUCAGGGGAAGCGGCCGGAUCCAGGUGGUCGGGAACGCUGGAAGGUCCGUGUUCAACGACGAGGUAAGGCGGGGCCAGCUAAUCGUCGUGCCUCAAAACUUCGCCAUUGUGAAGAGGGCAGGGGAGGAAGGGCUCGAGUACAUCGCCUUCAAGACCAACGACAACGCCAUGACUAACCCGUUAGCUGGGCGGUUGUCAGCUAUCCGAGCCAUGCCCGAGGAAGUCCUCAUGAACUCGUACGAUAUUUCGAGGCAGGAGGCUAGGAGCUUGAAGUAUAAUAGGGAUGAGCUUACUGUUUUUGGACCAGGAGCUAGAUCUAGCAGGCAAUAUGCCUAAAAUGUGAAGUGUAAAGUUAUGUAAAAUCAAAUGUAAUAAUGUCUCAAAAAUCCUAUCUUUUGUACUAUGUGCAGUGUUGGGAUUUGUAUGCUGAGGGAAUAAAAAAUGCCUUUUGUAAAAGGCAUGCAGUUCUGGCGUUUAA